CCUCUCACCAUGCCCAAAGCACCUUCUGCCCUUAAGACUGAGAAGAAAGAGACCGCAAAGCGGCCCGCUAAGAAAGGUGUGUUAACGUUAUCGUGGGCUGUUCAGGCCAGGUCACUGUUGGUGACCGUUGCAAUCUUCAAUGCUCAUAUGAUAACUUGCACCGUAGAGGCUGGCGAGAAGAAGGACAAGAAGCCCCUUACACCGUACAUGGCUUUUAUGAAGGAGAAGCUCGCUGAAUACAAGGAAAAGCAUCCUUCUGCCUCUCACAAAGAGGCGUUCUCUGCGGUGCGUCUUUUUUGCUCUUUCGCUCGAUCAAACCCCCUCCGCAUCAUGUUUCCGCAAUCUGCUGCCAUCUGGGUGCAUGUUUUAUUAUUACAUCUUCACCACUUUGUGUUGUGUCUCCCGAGAUGCUCGUUGUGGCCUGCGCCUGACUAUUGGUGAGGUUGGCGCUGCAACAUAGUUUGCUCCCGGGCAACACGUUUUCAUUGCCG